GCUUGCCCUCAACCUUCGCGCCGCUUUCCACAGCCACCCACCCCUGUCGUGUAUAGCGGCCUCGGACUCUCUGAUCUCAUUCACUUAUACUUACCUACCUACUCACUCAUCUGCCCGCCUUCACCGUCCCUACACACAUCGCUGCAUCCUCUCCUCUCUUGCAUCACUUAUAGAAGCAUCUCAUCUCCGAACCUCAACCUUAACCUCACCUCGGAUCAACCAUCCUCUCCCGUCGCACUCGCGGUCCAGUCGAGUCAUUCAUUUGAAGUCGGCCAAAGCUGCGAACCUCAUUCGUUCAACCUCCCCCCCCGUCCAACAUCGCCCGACUGGCAGGUCGGCAGCCUCGUCUCUGCAGCACCAAACUCCAGCAGCCGAUCAUCGUCCGCGCCAGAGCUACUACAUACACUAGUUGUACCGCCCAACUAGUCCGGGCCUGGUAUACUACCACCCUGCCAGCAGCUCUGAGCUAUCACAUCAGGCAGUUUCCAUCCGCAGCCUACCUCGAUUCAUCUUGAAGCCUAUCAUCCCAGAGCCAAGCACUAAAGGCGCCGUUGCCUUGUCUGCCUCGCCGUUGUACACUCCCAAGCCGAUCGAGCUCUCCUCCUCGCUCGCUUCAUCCACCUACCAUCGCUCCAAACAUCAAACCAGCUUUCUCAACGACAAGCUACCAAACUCGAACCUCGUUCCCAACACAGCUUCCUUUUAGUGUACAUGCAGAACGAAAUCACCUCGACUCUAUAUCCUCAUCUGAUCCGGUAGUACAGGAGGCCAUAACACACGAGGGAGAUCACCUAGUGACGCUGCGAGGCAAAGGUUGGGUUCACAAACAUGGCGGAUCGACCGCCCCCGUCCUCGUCCUCGUCUGCCAGGCGUACAAGGACGGUCGAGAAGGGCGAUAGAACGAUUGGUUCCUUCACCAUCGAGGAGAAGAUAGGUAAAGGCAGUUUUGCCUCAGUAUAUCGAGGUACUCACAAGGUAAAUAUGGCGAAUCCGAGCUUGUUAUGAGCUUCUUUGAGCUCCCAUCCGCUCUACGCUACAUUGAACUGGAUUCGGGUAUAUUGAAUUUGGCUAAUUACUGUUUGUGAUAGAAGGAUGGAGCUGUCGUAGCUAUCAAGUCCGUUACUCUUGGUGCGUUGAACGAGAAGCUCAAGGCCAAUCUCUAUUGUGAAAUUGAGAUCCUCAAGGCCCUCCACCAUCCACAUAUUGUCGGUCUGAUUGACUGCCGCGAGUCCAGUUCACACAUACAUCUAGUGAUGGAAUACUGUAUCUUGGGUGAUCUUUCAUAUUUCAUCAAGCACAGAGCAAGCUUGCACGACAAUCCCGCUCUUCGAGAUAUGAUCCGAAAAUACCCCCUCUCGCCUGCACCGAUCGGCGCCUUGAAUGAAGUUGUCGUACGACAUUUUCUCAAACAGCUUGCCAGUGCCAUGGAGUUUAUGCGAGCCCGAGAUCUGAUGCAUCGAGACAUCAAGCCACAGAACCUCCUGUUGGUACCACCCCCAGAUUACUUGGCUAGGUCGAAUGACAAAAUGAUGGUGAUGAGUGCGUAUGAGAAGCCGGACGUGCCCAUGGCUGGUCUCACAUCUUUACCAUUGUUGAAGAUUGCUGAUUUUGGCUUUGCUCGAUCGCUGCCCAAAACUUCAUUGGCCGAGACACUUUGUGGUUCUCCCUUGUACAUGGCUCCGGAAAUCCUCCGUUAUGAGAAAUACGAUGCCAAAGCCGAUUUGUGGUCAAUCGGUACUGUUUUAUUCGAAAUGUUGGUAGGCAAAGCACCAUUCCGUGCAAAUAAUCAUGUUGAGUUACUCCGCAAGAUUGAGAUGAGUGAAGAUCAGAUCGAGUUUCCCAAGAAACUGAUCAUCACUUCUGGGUUAAAGGACCUUCUCCGGGCGCUCCUCAGGCGAAAGCCAGGUGAACGUAUUGAAUUCACAGAUUUCUUCAGACACCGAGUUGUUGAGGAGCCAAUACCUGGACUAGUUGAGGAUGACCGACCUCAAGAAUCUCGAGCACCAUCCAAAUCCGAGGAUACGCCACUUUCACGCACUCCUUCCACUAGAAGCAACCACCAAAGGGACAUGAAGAUAGAGCCUUCAGGACAAUCCUCUUUGCCCAUAGAACGUGCCAAGACCUUUCCGCCUCCGAGGCCAAUCGAUCCUGAUCAACAAGAACUAUCUCGGACACCCUCAAACCGACAGGCAUCUCGCGGGCAGAUUAUUGAUCCGAAACGACCUUCUAUGAUGCCAUCGGCAACAGCCCCGAAUGCAGGAGCCAUUCACCCUGGACGAUUAUCACCACAAACCCAAGGGGUGAUCCGAGCUCCAUCAAGACAAGAUUCGGUUGAUAACAACCUGAAGACUUCAUCGGCGGAAAGUUUACAAAAUCAAAAGGCGAUAGCAGAAGCGGAGCAGGCCGUCCGAGACGCUCGUGAGUUUGUUUGGGUUGAAAAGCGAGCGGUUGAGGUGAAUGCUUUUGCCGAUGAAUUGGCGGCAGGCCCCAAUCUACAGACGAAAACCUCCAUGGGAGGCCGUGCUGGACAGAUCACAAGGCGUGCUACCACACAAGGGUCACCAAGUUCGGCUACAGGAGCGGUUCAGCCAUAUCAAUCCCGCGCGGUUCAAGUUGCUCAGGGCAAACCUCGACCAGAGACAGUUCCCCAACGCCAAAAUUCAUUUGGAAGGUCAUAUGGAAGCCCAUCCGCGGCUUCUGCCCUCACAAAGGUCCUUCAUGGAGCGAGUUUGAGAAUGUUUGGUGUCGCUUGGACUCCAGAAUUGAUAGGCAAGGGGUUAUCGCCACCUCAACCAUAUGGCCCAUUCCCAGCUUAUCCAACACCGCAUGUUCCCGUGGGUCUGCUUGGGGAUGGGAAAUCCAAUGUCAGCAUAGACGAAGAACAGAGGGUCAUCAACGCAAUCGAGGAAUCCGCACAGCUGAGCCACGUCGUAUAUGGUUUCGCGGAAGUAAAAUAUAAGCAACUGACUCCGUUGACACCAUCCAUGGAUCAUGGACUUGGAGGAAAUACCAUGGACAAUAACAGUGACUCUGUUGAGGAUGAUGGUCUUACUGUUGAAGCUGUUGUCGUGCUAUCUGAAGAGGCAUAUGUUUUAUACAUUAAAGCACUAUCCCUUAUUCAAAAGUCUUUCGAUAUCUCUCGAAAUUGGUAUGAUCGCAAAAUUCGAGGGGAUGGAAUUGGACAGCAUCCGGAAUCAGCCCCGAGUGCUGAUUCCAGAAAGCGUAUCGAUGGUGCCGUACAGUGGGUUCGUGUUCGAUUCAACGAACUUUAUGAAAAGGCCGACUUUGUCCAAAUGAAGCUCAUCGAUGCGCAAAAGCGACUGCCUGAAGAUCACCCUGGUCACCCCAGGAACCACCCUAUAUCCUUCAACGGUGAUGUAUAUCUAAGCACACCUGGUCUCUCGGCCGAGAGAUUAAUGUACGAUCGAGCGACGGAGAUGAGCCGUUCAGCGGCCAUCAAUGAAAUGACCACUGAAGAUCUACCUGGUUGUGAACGUUCAUUCAUCACGGCAAUCAGAAUGUUAGAAGCCGUGCUGGAAACUGACGAUCCUGCACCUCGACAGCGUCGUAGAGCAUCCAGUCUUCGGGAGCAAGUAACUAGAGAGGCUAAUGAUGGUCUUAUUAAUGCGGAGGAUAGACAGGUUAUUCAAAAUCGUAAGUAUCCAAAAUACCGACAUCCAUUUCUUUGUCCGCUAACAGGAUAACCAGUCAUCAUUGGAUGCAAGUCCCGCCUAAAGAAGGUAAGAGAAAAGAUUGCAAGAAUAGCUAAAUAUCAAUCACCAUCAUCACCUCGGCCUUCUAGUCGACCUUCGAGCAUCAUUCAUAGUGGUGGAACAACACCCACUACGGCGAAUACCCCACCAAUGCAUUAAAGAAAAUACUAUUAUUGUUACGCUUCACGAAUUUACGGACUAGCAAUUCUUUACAUGGGGGGUUCUUCUUUUGCACUUGCUCUUGAGAGAGAAAGAAUCUGGGACUGGAUUUCCAGGUAAUAGACCACAAUCACCAUACGUGAUUCAUUCUGAGGCGUUUGUCAUUUUUCUUUCUCUCUCUUUACUACCAAUUUGGCAAUUUCUCUUUUUUCUAGUUUUAAUUGUUUAGUUACCUUUAGAUCCAGGAUUCCACGAUUUUCGGAAGGGGAAUUCCUUGUAUGUUGUUCUCUUUUCUAUCUCAGAGGGGGGUUUCAACGGCCUGGAUAUCAUUUGCCUCCUGCAUUAGGGGAUCAUCUUCUUCGGAACAAGGCAUGACCCGGUUUAGGAAUGAAGUCUCUUUUCUAGUUAUUGCACAUGCAUGCGUGGGCAUCGAUGUGGUUGCAUCUUCGGUGUGAAUAUAGGCGUGUUUGGCAUGUUUUUUUCUUCUUUCUCUUUCUCUCUUUCUCCUUGUGUAUACCCUUCUGCUUUGCAUCUGGACUUGGGCGUGGGAAAGAUCUCUGGGUUGGGUGGUGGUAGUCUGGGAAUGACAUGAAAUGACAGGCAGGCAUGCAGGCAGAGGAAAGGGAUGUCAGUGUGUCUCUCUUUUUUCCUGCUACAUGCCCUCAGGGGCUAGAUUAUGGAUUCAUUUGAAUUCUUCCUGGAAAUUCCAUUUGGGGGGAGGGGAAGGAGGGGAUAAAUUGGGCUCCUUUGCUGUUGGAUUUUCCGGGAAAGGGGGGCUAUAUGUUUGGGUUUGGUUGGGUUGGGUUAGGGGUUCAAUCAAUGGCUUGGUGGGUUUGAGGUGGUUAUGGUGGAUUACAGGAGUGCUCUUUUUU